AUGGAGGAAAAUCAAAAUGAACUGUUAGAAAAUCCUAAUAAUAAUUUUCAAGAUCCUAAUAUUCUUUUGGCUACUUUAUUAAAUCCACAUACAAAAAGUCUUAAAGAUGUAUCUAUUCAAGUUAAAUUGCAAACAGAGGAAUUAUUGUGUGAUAAAGUUGAAGAAUUAAAGCUAGAAACUUUAUCUUUGCCAAUUAUCAUAAAAUCCACUUAUUUAACAGAUGUUUUACCUUUAGUUGAACAAUGA